UUAAUUAAAGAGGCCCAACUUUUUUUAUAAAUAGACUAGAAGACGGCCGGGUGGACCAGUCGAAUAAAUUAAUCCACACAAGUAAUAAUAAUAAGAGUGUGAUUUGGGAGAAUUAGUUAAUUAUUGCAUCUCUUCUCUGCUCUUCUCUUCUCUUCUCUCGAGCUUUGGUUUAAUUUGCAGAAAUGGCAAAGGCGGAGAAGGUGUUGGGAUUUGAGGAGAUGGCCAAACACAAUAAGAAAGGAGAUUGCUGGCUUCUCAUCCAUGGCAAGGUUUAUGAUGUGACGCAGUUUCUCCACGAACAUCCCGGGGGAGACGAAGUCAUGCUAAACGUAUCAGGGAAAGAUGCAUCUCUAGAUUUUGAUGAUAUUGGGCACACCACUUAUGCACAAGGGCUUAUGGAGGAUUUCUUGAUCGGGAAGAUCGACGUGACCACGCUUCCUAAAGUGGAAAAAAACACCAUCCAUGAUAAUGCUUCUUCUUCUUCUUCUUCGAGCAAGCAAUCCGACGUCGUUUCAUCACAGCUCUUGAUCUAUCUCCUCCCCCUCUUGAUACUUGCGGUAGCAUUUCUUCUUCGUUAUUACUAUAACAAGGAGUAGAGGCUUCUUCUCAUUCAAGUGUUUGUGUUUGGUAUGUCUUUGAAAUAAUAGGCACCAAUAUUGGCCAUGCAUUCAUACGUUUUUGUUGUUGUAAUAACAAGACUCGUGUGUCUGUCUCUUUUGUAAGAUUGAGUUAAUUAGGGCGAUUUGUUAAUGUUGGCAA